GUUUAAACAUUCGCCUGGAAACAGGAGUCAAUUCCUGCCUGUAAAAUGCAGCUAACCCUCGGAGUUACCCUUCUCCCUCUGCAUUAAUGUCAGUCAGUUACAGAAAUAAAGGAGCAGAAAGUCUCUAUUGCAAUACAGAGCCCGGAACCAGCCGGGAAUGUGAUCGCAGUUUUGAGCUUUUGGUGGUUUGUCCCUCUGCGCUCGCCGCUGCUCUGCAUUUUGCAAAUUUUGCACUUUGCCUUGCUCACAAAUUAAAGGGCAAAAACAAGAGAGAGAGAGAGAGAGAUUGCAUCAAACGCCGAGGCCGCUCGGGCAGUGACAGCGAGACUAGCUCCGGCGUACGCGGCGCCCCCGGGGGCCUCCUCGAUCAUUACAGAAAGCACAUCCCCGCCCCAUCCCAACAUUCUUUCAGAAACAAAACGGAAAUUGUUGGAGAAAUUCAGUGCAGGGAGAGAGGAAGAAAGCAGAGUCUAGUCACUGAGCUCUGCUUGGGAAAGGUGUUGACCCAUCAUGGAAAGAAUCCAGCAUAUCGUAUCCACUGCGCGAGCUGCCUACAAUCAGGGGAAAAGCCGGCCUCUGGAGUUCCGCAUCCAGCAGCUGAAGGCGCUGGAGAGAAUGCUCAUUGAGAAAAAGGAGGAAAUAUUAGUGGUGCUGCAAAAGGAUUUGCGCAAGAACGACUUUGCUGUGGAGAUCUUUGAAAUUGCCGGCAUUCUGAAUGAGAUUUCCCUGGCCAUCACCAAACUCCCUGAGUGGACUGCACCAGAGUAUGUGUCAAAGAGUACAAUGACGUUAAUGGACACUGUUUAUAUCCAUCGAGAGCCUCUCGGAGUGGUGCUGAUCAUAGGGGCCUGGAACUAUCCCUUGGCUCUUAUAGUCCAGCCUCUAAUUGGGGCGAUUGCAGCAGGAAAUGCUGCAGUUCUGAAGCCAUCUGAAGUGAGUGAGAAUACAGCCCGGUUACUGGGGGAGCUGCUUCCUCAGUACUUGGAUAAGGAUCUUUACCCUGUCAUUAACGGAGGGGCAGCUGAGACGACAGAGCUGUUGAAGCAGCAGUUUGAUCACAUCCUGUACACGGGCAGUACCAACGUUGGCCGGAUCGUCAUGGAGGCUGCGGCCAAACACCUGACCCCUGUGACCCUGGAGCUUGGUGGGAAAAGUCCGUGUUACAUUGAUGCUGAUUGUGACCUGGACGUGGCCUGCAGACGUAUCGCUUGGGGAAGGUACACAAACAGUGGUCAGACCUGCAUCGCUCCAGACUACAUCCUGUGUAGUAACAAUAUCCAGGAUGAAGUGGUGAAGAAGAUUGGCUCAGCCAUCUCUGAAUUCUAUGGAGCUGAUCCCCAGAAAUCCCCGGAUUAUGCACGUAUCAUCAACAAACGACAUUUUAAGAGACUGAUGUCAUUGCUGGAGGGAGUGAAUGUGACAUUUGGUGGUCAAAGUGACGAGAAGGAUCUCUACAUAGCUCCCACGAUUGUGACUGAUGUGGAUCCCAGCUCCAGGAUUAUGCAGGAGGAGAUCUUCGGCCCAUUGUUGCCCAUCGUCACGGUCAAUAGUGCCGACGAGGCCAUUUACUUCAUCAAUAAGAGGGACAAACCUUUGGCUCUUUACAUCUUCUCUCACAACAAAACGUUAAUCAAGAGGAUGAUCGCAGAGACUUCCAGUGGAGGUGUAACCGCCAACGACUGCUUGAUCCAUUACAGCGUUGAUACACUCCCGUUUGGGGGUGUGGGGAAAAGUGGCACCGGGGCGUACCACGGUAAAUUCAGCUUUGAAACCUUCAGCCACCGCCGCGCUUGUGUGUUGAAGUCGCUGGGUAUGGAGAGAAUGAACAGUGUCCGCUACGCACCAGCCACUGAUUCCAAACGGAAAUGGACCCUUUGGCUGCUGAAGAAACGUAAAGGAUUCGGGAAAAUACGCCUUUUUACAUUCACUUUACUGGGAAUUCUGGUUGCCAUCCUGAUGAAGUUUUACCGUGUGUGAUACACAGCAGGACUCUGCCGCUAUUUCAGAAAAAUGCAACCAAAUUGAAGUCUCUCCGAGAUCUCAGUUGAACACCUCCCUGAUUAACCUGUGCAAGUCUGUACUCACCCUGGCGAAAGUAGCUCCAUCGGGAGAGCUAGUGUGAGCACGGACGUGAGCUGAAUGGUCUCGUAUACUGUAAUUUUUUAAAACAUAAUUCUUUGUACAAUCUAUAUCUGCAUUUUAUAUUGGUGUAACUCAUAACUGCAGCUUGCUUUUAGCAUGAAUAACAUGUUUUUUAUCCUAAGGUUUAACCACUCAAUUCAUUCCUGUUGUUAAUUAUAAUAAGGUUUAAACAAUAAGUUGCUUCUCACACUAAGACACCUCUGUGCUUCUGCUCAAUUCUGCUGUUUCUCUUGACAUAAUUUGGUCAAACUGAUGCUAAUAGCAGCAGAAUUUUAAGUGCAAAUCUAUCCGUGAUCUUUUUGCGACGAUUUUCCAAACAAAAACUUCAAGUUUGGGCCCCAUCUCAUUAUUCUAAAUAAUGAGCUUCCACUGAUGUGAAGAGCACUUGAACUGGCAGCUGGCCUAUUCGAUGCUGCUGCACCAUUGUGUAAGGGUGACUGCACUUGGGCUUCAACGCUACUACCCACUUCCCAGAUCCCUCAAUUCCCUAAACAUUUCUAUCCCAACCUUAAAUAUAUUCCGCAGAGGAGCAACUAUAACCCUCUGGGUGGGGCAUUCCAGUGAUUCUCAAAACUUCUGAGUGCUGUCUCAGUCUUUGGUGACCCAGUAUGAGACUGACCCCCUGAGUUUCUUCUACUCCAUGCCUACUCUGUCAAGCACUUUCCCAGUUUCUCAAUGAGCUGUACCUCUGGGAAUUUGUGAGGAAGUUAUUCAAAUCAGAAAGGUUCUUUUGGGUACAAUAGCAAUUGACAUACUUUUUUAAAAAAAAAAGUUUUGUGUAUAGCUAUUUUUAAUUUGCACAGAAGCUGACUUCUCUACCCAUGUACAAGUAACAAAUUAUUCUCAAUGCUUGUGAUGAUGUUUUUGCGGAGUUAUACCCUAGUUACAGAUUGUGGACCAUUAAAAAGGUCUUGGUGAUAAA